CGACCGUAUUUAGCGGUUAAAUACGCGUCCGGGGUGCGCCGAACCCUAGAGAACUCGCUUAAUUCCCACCGGUCGGCCCAGAGGUUAAUCGCCGCUUCUAUCGUCUCGCCACGCGCUCGAGAACUAUUCUUGGUUAACCCUCGCCCGCUCGCGCAUUCCCACGAUUCCGUGAUCGAGUUACAGCCCGGCCGCUGCAUUCGGACGCAUUCGGACACUUUGCACCGCGUUCGUACCACGCAACACCGGGAGGGAACUUCUGAGAGGUUAGGAUCCGUUUAGACCUCCCUAAAUCUAUCAUGGCAGACAUCGAGGAUACUCACUUUGAGACUGGAGACUCGGGAGCCUCCGUGACGUAUCCUAUGCAAUGUUCUGCCUUGCGCAAGAACGGUUUCGUCAUGUUAAAGUCUAGACCCUGCAAGAUCGUGGAAAUGUCCACUUCUAAAACUGGUAAACACGGUCAUGCUAAGGUCCAUCUUGUGGGCAUUGAUAUUUUUACCUCAAAGAAAUAUGAAGAUAUCUGUCCUUCAACACAUAACAUGGACGUACCUUUCGUUAAGCGGGAGGAUUACCAGUUAACAGACAUAUCCGACGACGGCUAUCUAUGUCUGAUGGCUGACAACGGGGACUUGCGCGAGGAUCUUAAGAUCCCCGAAGGAGAAUUAGGUGCUCAAUUACGAGCUGAUUUUGAUGCUGGAAAAGAGUUACUCUGUACCGUACUGAAAGCCUGCGGCGAGGAAGUUGUAAUCGCCAUCAAAACCAACACUGCCCUCGACAAAUAAUUGUGUUCAGUUACAACCGUACAGAACCUCAAUAUUAUACCCGCUUGGCCGAUCGACACCUUAUCAUUGGUAAAGGAUGAGUCUACAGUUCCAUCUAGAAAACCAGCAGCCGAGCAACGGCGAGAAACAACUUUUUAUCCAAGUAACACCUUACAAUUAUUAAAAAAAAAAAAAAACAAAAAACAAAAAACAAAAACAAAACAUAUGCUAAACUUUUUACGCAAUGUAAGUAAAGGAGAGCUGGGAUAACGCAAUUCGCGUCCCGGUUUUAGACACACACUACGUUGUUUGUUAUGCAAAAAAGAUACGGCGACGACUUUUCAUCAAAGGGUUGAUUGAAAAAUAAAAAUUAAAAAGCCUUCACGUAUUGUCAAUUUUUUUUUGGAUUUCGGGACGUUUGCUAUUUAAAAAGAGAAAAAAGUUAAACUGGAGGGAAAUUGUUGGGCUGUCCCUACGGCUCGACAGUUCAAGCAAUUCAAUGUUGAAACACUGUGGCAAAGGGUUACCAUUCUUGCCAGUAAAAAUUAAAAUUAGAUACAGACUGCGGCGAAUCACUUUUCAUUCAAACGUUACAAAGAGUGUAAAGAGUACGAGAACAUUUAUAGUAUUACAGCGUUUUCGUUUCGAUCGAGUAGAACUAUCUGUGAAGUGGUAUAUGUCGGAUACGUUUAUUACGUAAAGUUUUGCGAAUACCUUGUUUGCAUUUAAGAACGAUACUGGAUCUUUCUAAAAAGAUAUGCCAUGUCGAGUAUACACUACCGGUAUCGCUAAAACUUAACGUGGAGCUGUCUCGUAGUCAAGAAAUCAAAAUACCACGUGGAUUUCUGCAAACCGUACACUAGAGUCCUGUGGACGGGGAAUAAAGUCUGAAAAUGAAAGGAAAUAUUUCAGGAGAAAAGAAACGAGGUCUACUGUCAGAGGUCUGGGAUAACGGUUUACUAUCGUAGUAAUGAGAACUCUUUCCGAAGGGAAUUACAGUGUCACCGUAUCCGGGCGGUGUUGUACUAGUUUUCUAAAAGGAUCUUUUUGAACGGUAACUGUGUCGUGACCCAGGCACUAAAAUUUCUAAUCGGAGAUUUAAUCAUAAAUGCGGUCGUUUGGUAGUUCACCAGGUAACAAUGAAGGUGCGGCAUAUAAAGAAAAGAUAUGAGCAUUGGCUCGAGGCUUGCAAGAACGGGUCACAGGGACGUGUACAGAAAAUAUAUAUGACGAAAGAAGUUCCGAGUACUUACCUGAUGUAGAAGCCUUCUCCGAAAAAUCAAACAGGAUAAUAAUUCUAUUUAAGUUGAUUUCACCCGAAGAAGUAGAGCCCUGCGUAAGGCCUUCGACCAAAGCACGAUGAGAACGCCUGAGAUUCUCAGAACACAAAUCACUGAACUCUGAUGCUUGCUUUCUCGUGGCGAGACCCUGCGUGGAACGUUUCCUCGAAUUUAUGUCAAAGUAUCGUUUAAAACAACGUUUGUUACUCUUCGCGGUUGACUUUCCGUUGAUACAAAAAUGAUCGAUACACUACACCGGAGUCUGGAUGUCAUCCAAAAUCGCGUCGUGUAUCGAUUGCUUCGCUAUCUCUCAGCCACGAGAAAGCAGAUCGGUGCGGUGAAAUUUUUAUAAACCAAUUGUUUCCCAUAUUGUUUUGGCUUAGCGAGUUCGACUUAGUUGUCCACCGUAAGACAAGCUCUCUUUUGAUUUUCCUUCUUUCUUUGCCAUUCGACACCUUUUGAGUGUUCCUCUGCCUUCGAUUACAUGUAUCGGAGCUUAAACAACAAAAAACUGUUCCGGAAGGUAUGGUCUGAAACAUUAGGGAUAAAGUAUAUGAUAAGGAAACUGAAUAAAAAUAUAAAUAUACGAGUGUAGCCAGAGCUUUCACAGGAAGGUAUCUCGGUGGAUGUCGUUAUACGAGAAAUUAACCUAAACGUGCCAGACGUUUACAAAAUUCCUAAAAAUCGGAACCAAACGCAACAUUGUAAAGUAAAAUAAAUCCAUGUCCUCGACCCUCCACUAUUUCCAGACGUCUGCUCCAGUGUUCGCCAACUUUGUAACCUGGAGAAAUUUUAUUCCAUCUUUGGACCCAAAAACUGUCGAGAUGAGACAAGUUUUGACAAUUUAUCGAGUACUUUUUCUAUCAAACCACCUUGCAUGGUGCCUUCCUAUGUAGCAUUACUCGACAAACCACUCAGUUUCUUGGGUCGUUCUCAAAUUACUUUUUAGCUUCUCGGAUACCUUCCUGGGAAAUUUUGGUAAAAAAAAUUAUAUAUAUAUAUAUAUAUAUAGUUAACAAACCUAAACAUACCUAUUAUAAUCUAAGUAAACGAAAUACCUAAUAUUAAUACGAAAUAAAUCAUCGUCUGUACUACACGUGUGCUAUGUUGGACCAGGUUCAUAUACUUUAAAUGUGCUUUGUUAUUAACUAUGGAAAUACAGAAAAAAGAAAGGAAGGAAAAAAGGGUGAGAAUUCGAAGCGCGUUAGAUUUCUAAGCAACGCGAAAGAGAUAGAGAGGCUCGACUCAGGUUGGGGGUGACGAGUCGGUGGAUUGUUUCGAACCAUGCCAUUUCUUUUAUCCUUUACUUCAUUUUUAUUUGCUCCGGGCGUCUUCUAAAUGCAUUGACACCGACAGAAGAAAACUACUGUAUAGCCAAAGGGCGAGAAUCUAAUGUAUUUUUUCCGAUGGAUCAUGUCGAAGUUACCGGAUAAAGGGAUCUGCGUCUUGCUAAGAAUCAACCGUCGAUUAAAUAUCAUUGAACAGAUUACGCGAACAGCCUUGUAUGUAAUUACAUUGCACUAUUCCAGGGUGUACAACAAAGUAUAUGUAUGUGGAAAUGAAAUUGUACCCUUCGAGAUGUUGCUUUCGAGGUUAUGGUUUGCGUUUUGCUUGUUAUUCCUGUUAACCAUGAAUCGACCGUCUCGUUGUGCGCUGUAAAUUGCGGAGAUUCGGAUGUAUAAUCCUAGUCGGUCAUUGUAAACCCUAAAGAUUCCUGACAGUGAAGAAUUCAACUAUUGUCUGGUGGUACGAGACCAGUUAACCGUACCACUCUUUCCAUCGUGUGAGGGAGUUUCUUUUGCGCAACGAACCAACUUAUAACAGAUCGCAUUUAUUACCUUUGCAUAAUGUUUCUCGUGUAGUUUUACAUAAGUUUGUUUACAAGCACAAUACGUGAAAUUUGUGUACCGAGAUGUCAGGGGACUCGGCCUAGCGCGAAGCGAUAAGCAACUUGGCAUCGUAUUAACCAAAGUAUAAGUACCGGACUGGUCUUCCGUUGUCGAUUAACACGCAGUUACGUUAUCCUACGUUACAAUAUUGACGUUUCAGGCAGUACGUUCCAACUAUCGAACGGUAUGGGCAACGCUCCGAAGAGCCUUCGAGUCUCUACGUCGAAUGGUAAUAGUGCAUCGACUGUGUGUGACAGCAACCUAAAAUGUGUACAAAGUGGUUUCGUGUACGAGGCUCGAAGAAAGAACAAGGCGAAUGGCAACUCCAUUUGACAACGUCUCCGUUUAAUGGUAUAGUUAAGAACAAAACUCUCCAUGUGCGUAUCGUUCGCGACGACCUUGAAAACUGGGGUCUGCUCUGCGAACCCUUCGGGGCACAGCAGACGAGCCCUCCUAGGGACUCCGGGGAAAGAGGUCGCGAGACAACUUAAAUCAUUAUGCAUUUUCUUUGCAACGAGCGCAGGCUUCGCCUCGACGGAGGAGCACGACCCGAUCGGUUCCCCUGGAGCCAGUGAGGAAUUGUUAAAAAGAGCCGAAGGGACUAAUAGCUAAGUGGAGACAGACCUCCCAAAGGGAGGAACCGGUAAUCGCUAACUCGUUAACGAAUUGACUAAUAAUUAAUUACACUUUCCACUAUUGUAUACAUCCUUAAAAAAGCUCUUUAAAAAUAAUAAAUUAUGCUACCUUCU